AUGGCGGAGCACCAACAAGAUACCCAGAGAGACGUUCAACCGCAAGAAGAAGGUGCCAGCCAGCAGCAGCAGCAGCCGCCCCGUUGCAGCUUCCGCGAGUGCUUCCUGGCGCGGAUGGACCAGCAGCGAUCGGACAUGGAGGACCUCGUCCGCGUCCGCAGCCACCAGUCCCACGACGAGCAGGCCAUCCGGCGGGCCAUUAGCAGCGCCAUGCAGCACUACCUCGACUACAACCGCACACGGGCAUCCGUCGCCAGGCGCGAUGCCCCCGCCGUUUGUUCCCCGUUCUGCAGCAGUUGCUUCAACAACUCCUACCUGUGGCUCGGCGGCUGCCGCCCGACGCUCAUCAUCCGCCUCGUCUACGUCAUGGCGGGCCAAGCAGUGGAGGCCCAGCUCUGGAACCUCCUAAGCAACGUGGAGAUAAAAGACCUUGCCGGUCUCUCGACGCACCAGCUUGAGAGGUUGAGCGACCUACAGAGAGCGGUAAUCAAGCUUGAGGACGGUCUCUCCAAGGGGACGGCCACGCUGCAGGAGUCGAUGGCGGACCAGCCCCUCGUUAGCCUAGCCAGGGCCAUGCAUGCCCCUAGCACCAGCAGCGAGAACCGGGCGGGUAAAAUGGACUCUGCGAUGGAGAUAUACGCUCGGAAGCUGGCAGGAUUAAUGGAAGACGCGGACAAGCUGCGGCUCUACACGCUCGCCAAGACUCUGGAGAUCCUGACCAUAAAUGAGACGCUAGACCUGCUCAUCGCGGCAGCACAGCUGCACGUCUAUGUGCUUGAGCAAGGGCAGAGGUGGGAUCGCUCGCAUGCUACUUAG